GGAGUUGGGGUUCCUCGGGGUUCCCGGGAGGGAUAAAAGGGGCGGCGGUGGUGGCGGUGGGGCCGAGGAUGGGGGGCUCCUGGGUGCUGGUGCUGCUGGGGCUGGGGGGCGCCUGGGCCCUCCCGGCGCCCCUCUCCUACCCGCAGGCGCUGGCUCUGGCCGUCGACUCCUACAACCAGCGCCCCGACGCCCAGAAGGUCUUCCGCCUGCUCAGCUCCGACCCCGAACCCACCCCGGAUGUCCAGCUCCGCUCUCUGCAGAACCUCAACUUCACCCUGAUGGAGACGCGCUGCCCGGCGCGCUCGGCUCUCCGCCCCGACUCCUGCGAGUUCAAGGAGGACGGGGUCAUCAAGGAGUGCUCGGCGCCCGUGUCCCAGCGUGGUAACCCCACCGUGUUUGAUGUCACCUGCGUGGACUCCACUGUGGACCCUGUCCGUGUCAAGCGCCUCUGGCCACUGCUGACGGUGGCCUUUGGUAUCUUCAAGUCCAUCAAGCUGAAGACAUGAAACCUUCUUGAGGUGCCAUCGUCUUGGAGAUCUUGGAUUUGAUGUCCCCCCCA